CCCUUUUCCCCGCGGGAUGAGGUAAUGCGGGGCUCCGAUUGGUCCGAGGGGCGGCACCCCAAGAGCCCGAGAGGGGCGCGAUCGAGGCUAUAACUCCCCGCAGUCGCAGUCGGAGCAGAAGGAAACUCCGGCGAGGAGGAGGAGGAAGAGAGAAGCACCGCCUUCCGUCCCCAGAAGCGCCGAAAGACAAGGAGGGCGACGCAAAGCACAGCCCUUUCUUUCUCCAGCAACCAAAGCCGAAGGGUCCUCUUGACUGCCUGCCCCCUUUUCCCCCCUCGUGGCGACAUGUCGAGGUGGGUGCUGAGCCUGUUCGUGCUGCUCUGCAGCUGGAGGCUGAGCGACUUGUUGGUGGGAGCCUGUACCUGCGUCCCCGUCCACCCCCAGGAUGCCUUCUGCAACUCCGACAUCGUUAUCAGAGCCAAAGUUGUGGGGAAGAAGCUUAUGAAAGAUGGACCUUUUGGGACAAUGCGAUACACUAUCAAACAGAUGAAGAUGUACAGAGGUUUUGACAAGAUGCCACAUGUUCAGUAUAUCUACACAGAAGCUUCUGAAGGUCUUUGUGGGGUCAAGCUUGAGGUCAAUAAGUACCAGUAUCUGAUUACAGGCCGUGUUUAUGAUGGGAAGGUUUAUACUGGACUGUGUAACAUGAAUGAGAAGUGGGAUAGACUGACUCUCUCCCAGCGUAAAGGACUGAACCAUCGUUACCACCUAGGAUGCGGCUGCAAGAUUAAACCCUGCUACUACCUUCCCUGCUUUGUGACCUCCAAGAAUGAGUGCCUGUGGACAGACAUGCUCUCCAGCUUCGGUCAGCCUGGGUACCAGUCCAAGCACUAUGCCUGCAUCAAGCAGAAGGAGGGCUAUUGCAGCUGGUACAGAGGAUGGGCGCCUCCUGAUAAAACCAUCAUCAAUGCCACAGAUCCCUGAACACAUUUUCUUUCUUGUUCUUUCUCUCCCAUGUGGCUGAGCAUUCUUUGGACACUAACUCAUACCAGAUCAUGAUGGCAACCAUGAUAUUAGUGCCUCUUUCUUGCAAAUUUUAGCACUUCGAACUUUUUAAAAAAAUCUAUGCCGUCUUAACUGAUUUUUGUUUUGUUUUGUUAUAAAUCACUUUUUAAAAAAACUGCUCUCACCCAUUUUGGUUGGAAGAUGUUUGUCUGGGAACAUCUAUUUGCACACCAGAUGAAUAAGGGAGCAUUUGCUCUAAGUUAUAUAUCACUAUAUAUAUGGCAAUAUAAUCUAUAUUUUUGUAGGAAAACAAAAAUCUCAAAAAUUUCCCAGCUGACUAUUGUAUCACAAUUAAACCCCUCCCUCCCUACUCCCUUUGUAGUUUAUUUUCUCACACAUUCAGCCUUGGAUUAUGUAGAUACAACUUUUAAAAUCCAAUCAGCUAGGAUUAAGAGUGUGAGCAAAUUUAAGACGGACAUCGGAAUGAUGAAGAAAGAAAAUUGCGAUGUAUGUAUAAGAUGGAGCACUUGGGGAAUUCAUCUGUUGUGUGAAUUAAAAGAACCCUCUCAAAAUGUCUGUCACGUUCCAAAUGCAAAUGCUGAAGCUCCAUGGCAGUUCUGGGUUUGUAUAGGGCAUAAAUAGCAGCAUUUAAAAAUCAGCACUAAUUAAUGAAGCUAAUCCCUUUUCCAAUUGCCAAUGUAGAGCAAACCAGUUUAGAACCAAAACAGCUCCAGACAUUGUCCUAAUGUGACUGCAAAGCUGCCUUUUCAGUAUCUAUUUCUGUAUGAAAAACACUUAAGUAGAUGAAAAUAUAUCAAUACAAAAUAAAUUUGAUGUAAAGGUAGCUGGACUGUGGGCAAGGGGUGGAUGGGAGAAAGGAACAAAAGCUUAAUCUUAAUGUUGUUAGUGUAAAAAAGCAGCUGCCAAAACACUGCUUGACAGGACAAAAGUGUAUAUAGAUGUACUGACAUAAGCUAUUUUUGACAAGACACAGAAUUGUUUCAUGCUACAAACUAUAAAAAAAUCAAUUAUUCUUUAUUUUAAAAACAACAAUCUUCACAUUCCAGGUCACUGAUUACUGUUUUAUUUUUGUUUUAAUUUAAAGGUGUUAGAACUGCAUUGGUUCCUACAGUAGUGAUAAUAAUCUGUGUUAUCUCCUUCCCUGUGCACUUCUUUCCUCGCCUUUUACCACAAUAAGGGCCAAUACAAACAGUUGUUCAAAGAAUGGUCAUGUUUCCCACUUCCAACAUUUUUUUUGUGAUGAAAUUAUCCCCAGUGUUCUUAAAUUAAAUUGUUAGCUAACACUCUGAAAAGCGGAAGACUUUUCAUAGGGCAGUAAUUUGUGGUGUUCAUUGUACUGGAGCCUUUUCAUGGUAUCCUGUGGGUAUUGAAAGGUGAGGAGUUUGCUCCUUGGACAUUUUUUCCUCUCCUGAACCAGUAGACAGAAUGAAGGCAGAAAUAAGUGGCCAACUGGAUGGAUGGAGAAUUUAUAACUUCCAUCUUCUCCUGCCAUUGAAUGUCUUUCUAAAGCAAUAGAUCUCAAUUUAAAAAUAAAUAAAUUGGUAGUCUGUGAUACCUUCCCCUGCUAGCUAUAAAUAAGGACAUCUGUGGUUCUUAGAUUCACUUAAUCUUCUGGCAAUAAGGAUGCAGGAGCUGACUCUCUCAUCUUCACUGUGGAAUUCAUUAUUUGUUUGUUUUUAUUAUGGAAAAGUAUCAGAUAAAUAUCUUGUAAAAAUAGAAGUAUUUUACAUAUUAAUGUUGUUAAAGAGCAGGGUUACCAAUGGGAUGGACAACUGUUUAACUGGAGUGAGGUGAAAGUUUUUUUUCUUUUUAUUGUUAUUAUUUUUUCUUUUUUAUUGUUAUUAUUUGUCUUACAGUGCUAUCUUCAGUUCAUUCCACAUGGUUUUACCCUGUAAUAAAUAUAAGCACCCAGAUAAAUAUAAGCCUUCUCCAUUGGAAUGAAUAAAUAAAUACUAAUGGGAAGGGGUGGUUAAUGUUUGAAUUGGAACUCCCACAUCUAAAAGAUACCGCUGAGUUGGAAUUCAGGAUUGGAAACUUGUGGGUGGGCAUGGGGAAUUACAGGACAUAGACAUUUGGCAUAUCCUAAAGAAAGUGAAACUUUUUGGAUGACACCUACAUUUAUCUCGGAAGUUAUUUUAAUACAAGCAAGCAUUCAGUUGUGCAAACCACAGUCUGAAAUUAUAUUUAGCCCUAGCAUGUGGAUUGGUUUAGCCCAGUUUUAUCAUCUUAAACUUACAAAGACUCUUCGUUGUCUCAAGAUUUCAUCCUUUAUAACAAAAUGUAUUCAACUGUAAUUCUGGCCAUGGAACUGAAUUCUGGAGAUCAAGAAGAGGGACAAAAGAAAUUUUAUGGACUAGGUCAAGGUAGUAAGAGUGAUAUGAGCACUGUGACUGACUUUGUACAAAUUCACCAGAAAGGAGUGCAGACCCUUAGGGCUGUUACUGAAAAUAAGUAACCGGGCUUUGCCUGAUGUUGUUGCUUCCCCAUUCAAUCUAAUCCACUGAGAGCACAGCGAUUUCUAUAAAGAAUCACAAACACAGACAAUCUCUUCAUACUUUAUAGAGAAAACUCUUGCUGGUAAAGGAUUGUUUCUAUCAUAAGGUCCAUGAUAAGAACCUUGAUUUUGUUAUAUAAAUGUUUGCCAGAGUAUUUGAACAUUUUGAAACCUCUGUGCACCUGUGCUAUGUCACACAUGGUCUAGAGCAGGAAAUCAUUUCCUUAGUCAAUAGGUAUGAAAAAUGUCUCCUAACAGUCUGUAUAUUAGGUCUCCUGCUAUGUAAAAUUUAAUUGGAACCACUGAAGUCACUUUUCUUUCAAGAUGAAUUUAGUAAAACUAGCUGAUGUCACAGCAAUUUAGGUAAACCAGGAAUUGCUGUGAGGGGAGAAAGAACUAUCUUGUUUAGUAUUGCAACAGUUGUGAUGAUUGAGCAACAGUUUGCUGGACAUAAAAUUGGCCUCGGCACAAUUUUUCCAAUUUCUAGAGAUCAUUCGGACCUGAGUUCAAAUCUUAAAAAGUGAGAAGAGGAAGCACUGCUCACUGAUUGUGCUAAGACUUGAUUUCUAUUGUGACCGAAUAGCAUCUGUAAAACAUCAUUCUAAUUUUUCCUGAGAAGAAUAUUAAACUCAUAGCUGAGACAUUUUAGUAUUGCAGACUAUGUGGAAAGCUCUCUAUUUUCUAAGAAGGUAUGUGUUCUUACACACAUUGUAAUAUAUGUAAAUGGUUGAUACAAUACAGAAUACAAUAGUCACCCAGCAGAGAAAGCGCUGUUUUAUACUUGGAUUUUGAUUUUACAUUGCUAAAGAUGAGUGAUUUGAGGGCCUGCCACAGCUAAGCAAGCAAAAAUAGCAGAGGACAACUUUUCAUCUUGCUGAUGAAGAACCAUCAUAGAGGAUCAUUUGCAUUUUGUUUUGCAGUUGAAUGGGGAGUCAAAUGGAGGGGGAAGAACCCAGCAAAAAAUACAUUCCUUUGGGGAGGAUGCUGAAUUGUUACAUUGCUUAAAAUUAGAAAAAUUACUAAUAAUUUUAUGUGAUUAAAACACUAACCUUUGCUUCCUUCCCUUCCAUAACAAGUCUUGCCAUCAUUCCCAUUUUAUAAGUUGCCAAGUUCAGAUUUGCACUUGGAAUAUGGGCCUGAGCCAUAUCUGUCAAAGUUAACUGGUGCCUUCUUCCCAUCAGUUUCAAAGACUUUAAGAUACAAGUAAGCGCAAACCCAAGUAAGAAGUCAAUAUUAUGCCAGAGUAAAAAUGCCUACUUUGAGGGAAGUCAGCAUACAGCUGCAACCUUAAGAUAUAAUUCUGUGUACACUUACUAAGGAGUACUGCUGGUUUCAGUGAGAGUCCUGACCAUGCAGACAUACAACGGGGCUGUAAAUUUGUCUUUUGUUCUAUGCAUUACAUCUUUAACAAUAUUGAAUAUGAGAGUGGAUGAAAACUUAGUCUGGGAGAAAUCACCUCCCCAGAAGGAAUGUACUUUUUGCUAAGUUUUGUAGCACUGUUUACAGUUUUCCUCCUUAUUUUGUUAUUUAUAAAUUUUAUAUUCAUUGAAUGUAUAUUGUCUUUUAAAGUAAUAAUGUUCACUUUUUAUAGUGUUCUUUUAUUCUAAAACAAUAAAAUGGUUUAUUUCUAUCA